AUGGCCAAAGAAAAGAAUCAAGUACGCAAGCGCGUCCGUACUGGAUGUCUCACAUGCCGCAGGAAGCACAAGAAGUGUGAUGAAAACCGCAACCCCAGGUGUGACUUCUGUACUUUAAAGGGAUUAACGUGCAUCUGGCCUGAGACCGUUAAGAAGAUGGUUCACGUUCGCCAUGCCAGCAAACCGGACCUGUCCAGCUUUGCUCUUCCUGAACUCCAACUUGAUCCUUUUGCUUUUGAUCCAGCUGCCGCAUUCAACGGAAUGGAACCUGUCGAUUCGCGGGUUGGCUCUCUUGACUCGCUUGACCCAUUGGACCCACUGGAUCAUUUACCAGGCAUUGGCAGGGAACUGCAGGUGGAACCUGAACUUGAUUAUGGAUCUUUUUUGAGUAUGCCAGAACAUCGGUAUCCCCUGCCAUCAUUGCGUUCGUUGCUCCAUGAGCCAGUGGCUGAGCCACUAGUCGAUAAAACCACGGAGCUUUUGCUUCUGGGUAACUUUGUCGAUUCUGUUGCCGCUUGGCUUGAUAUGUUUGGUGGAGACACAUUUGCUUCCCAGGUACCUGUUCUUGCUAGAGAGAACAUAGUUCUUUAUAACGCCAUGUUGGCUCUGAGUGCUCGCCACCUCGAGCGCAAGAGACCAAGCGUUUACAACGAUCCAGCUUCGACGGUGGAGCUUUAUCGCUUUGCAGUCCAGUCAUUGGCCAAUUCUGAUAAUACCACCUCUGUUAAGAAGGAGUUUGGCAAUCAUCUUUCGGAACUGGCAAACAGCUUGUCUGGUGCCCACAAUGGUGAGAGCUCGGAAAAUUUAGGUCUUGAUGGACUUGCGACUGGUUUCGCUGAGUACUCAUGCUCGUCGUAUUCUGACUCCACUCGGUCUGAAACCUUUGCUUAUGCUGACCACGCCCAAGAUGAUGCCUCUUUAUGCGCCUGUCUUCUGCUUGUGUGUUUUGAAAUGAUCUCUGUGGAACCCGCGCGUUGGCGCCACCAUCUUUCUGCUUUGGCACCAAUAUUUCGCACACAAAAUGCUGUUGCAACGCCAUUACGCCGUGCAAUAUUCUGGUGCUUUGCUCGCCUAGACGCUGCAAGUGUCGAGGUUGGCGAACAGGCCACACUGGUGGCUCCAGAGGACUAUCCAACUCCGGAAUCAAGCGUCGACGAGAUGCAACAUCUAUCAGCUGUUGUAUUUUGCCUCUUGGGAAACGAAUGCUCUCCCUUCGAGUUUGACGAAAGAUGGGCUGCUGCUUGGACCCAGCUCCAAAAAUGGUUUACCGCGCGCCCCGCAUCAAUGCGUGAGAUUGUAUCACACCGCAGUGAUGACAAUCCGUUCCCACGCACUCUCUUCUCUACUCCAGCUGCUGUUACAGCCAACCAGAUGUGGCACAUGUGCCACAUUCUGAUGGUUCAAAACAAGCCGCGCCGUUUCCGUUUGGAGCCAAAAGAGCGCACCAACACCCGCCAGCGGGAACCUGACUCUGUUUCAAAGCCAUCUUCUGUUUGCUCAGACUCUCUGGCCUCUCCCAGCUCGGUAUUCUCGCUUUUCCAGGAAUCGCCGCCCAGCCCACCAAGCGAUGCCGAUCCUGAUGCUGAUUCUAAUACCCCAGGCUCAUUCGAGAAGCCCACUUCGCACUCUCCUAUCUGGCACGCAAAACAGAUCUGUGGUAUCUCGCUCACAAACGUCUUGGCCCGCCAUCCCGAUCCACACCGCAACGUUGCACAGUUGACGGCCCUUCAGCCACUCUGUAUUGCGGCUAGGUUGGUGAGCUCUCGCCACGAACACAAUGUUCUGUUGCGGUUAUUCAGAGAUAUGGAAGCGUGUCCAGGUUUUGGGGGUUUGUUCUGGAGGGGAAGGGAGUUGUGUGAAUAUUGGCAGAACGAAUGCUGA